ACCCGCGGUGUCCCAGCAACCGACGCCACCCUGAUAGAUAUGGCGAAAUUUGUGCUUGCUGGUAAAAGUGACUGUCCGCAUUACGCCAAAGCGGAACUAUUAGCAGACAGUCUGCAGAGAUCUCUUCCAAACUUCAGGAUCCACAAGAUCUCCAUUCUCCCACAUGAGUGGCAGGAAUGGCUGGAGGCCACCUGCAAAAGAAAUGGAUGGAAACACGAGAAGUCCCCUCUGGUCUGGAGGGAACUGGUGGACCAAGGGGGGAAAGGGAUGCUCUUAGGAGGCUUCAGUGACUUCCUAGAGCAUUGCCAGGACUACUACAGCGUCACAUCAGACAUGUCGACGGAUGUAAUGCUGACUGUUGCAGCAGAGAAUCUGGAAACCAAGAUGAAUCUUGUUGUAGAGGAGCAGCAUCGUGUCAGUCUCAUCAAACCCCUUCACAUAUGGAUCAGUAGUGCUCUCAACCCAACCAGCCACUUCCUGAUCCCCAAUCUGCUCUCUGCUGAGGUGUUCCCCCAUGUUUCCACAAUCAGCCUCCACCUACUGGACCUGGAGGGGACCGAGGAGGGAUUGCAGGGGCUGAGGAUGGAGACGGAGGACCUGGCACUCAGUCUGCUCCAUCAAGUGACUAUUCACACAGAUCUGGAACAGGCCUUCCAGGACGCGGAUGUCAUUCUACUGCUGGAUGAGGGGUGGUCUGAUGACAGCGAUGAGGAGGAAAAGAGGAAGGGACUCUCAGACAGGUACAGAGAGUACGGACGACUGAUGGACACAAGGGCCAACAAGGAGGUGACGGUCAUUGUGUGUGCCGACUCGUUCGCCAACCUGAGAUGCUCACUUCUUCUGGACAAUGCACGCUCCAUUGACAGCAGCCAAUUUGUCACCAUGUCAACUCAGCUGGAGAAUGAAGCCAAGGCCAUCAUUGCCAAGAAGCUGAAAGUGAGGACGUCGGAUGUUACAAAUGUCAUCAUGUGGGGAAACAUCAGUGGUCGUUUCUACAUCGACCUGCAGUGGGCGAAGGUUUUCAACUAUGACGGGGCAAUCAGAGGACCAGCUUUCUUCUCCCAACCAGCUCAAACGAUUCUCCAUGACAGGAAAUGGCUGGAGACAGACUUUCAAGACUUGGUGCGUUGUCGGCGUGCAGCUGUGGCUUCAAAGUCCUGCCGAGCAGCUGCCAUGUCAGCUGCCAACGGGAUCCUCGCUGUCCUAAAAGCCUGGAAUGGCAUUUGUAGUCCAGAUGAGGUCUUCUCUAUGGGUGUGCUCUGCCCAGGCGACUACAAUCUCCCAGAUGGCGUCGUCCUCUCACUCCCAGUAACGUUCACGGACGGUAAAUGGUCCGUGCGGUUUGACGUGACUGUUGGAGACGAGUUGAAGGAGCGACUUCAGCUCUCUGCGAGUGAACUAAAGCAGGAAAAAGAACUCAGAUCAGACAUUUUGCAGGAUUGUUAUAAAGAAGACUAAAUCAUUUGCAUAUUGACAGACUAAAAGCAUGGUUUACAUGAUCAAAGGAAAUAAUCCAGAUACAUCUCAAGUUUGUUUCAGUUUGUUCUUUUAUUCUCUUACUUUCACAUGUGGUGUCACUUUUAUUUGACCAGUUUAAUGACAAUAAAUCUUCUCCGCUUCGUGAAACUCGUCCAUAGCUGUUAUGUUUUUAGAUGUAAAAGAUCAAACUGAGUACUUUAUGGAAAAAGGAGAAAUUAGAAAAUAUAUUGCUUUUUUUAUUUUUUUUUAUAAAUUGUACAGUUCAGUAAGUGUAUUUGUUAUAGUUCCAUAAGCGAUACUUAAAGCAUAAAACACACUACCAUACACAAACUAGUCUGUUAAUAUCCUCUACAUCUGGUGUUAUCACUUGCCACCUACUUCCAUUUACAGUCCUGAAAAUAAAGACAUAAACUCA